UAUGAUGUAUGGGUUGCCCGCACAAUCAAUGGCGAUUCUCUCUUCGAAAUCCCCCCCGACGGGAAUUGGAAUUCGGCAUGGAAUCUCUUCUGGAACGCUGACGAGACUCGAAAUCGUUUCUCCACACAGCGUCCCUUUCAGGUGUUCUCAUGUUGGAACGGCGCUACAGCAUUCACAGCCCAACCACUUUUAGAGAAGACUGUAGAAUUUAGGGCAGCGAACGAAACUGCGGGUGAAUGUAGACAAGGCGAGCCGCAGUUAUUUUGCAAAGACCUCUGGUUCAAAGGCUACCGCAAAAUUGCCGUCGUCCCGUCCGUAAACCUUGAGUACUCUGUGGCACAAACAAAAAAGAUUAAGGAAGCUAAGGGGUUUACGUCUCACACGGUGUCAAGUCAAGACCCCGCAGGAGAUAAAAUAAAUUGGAGACUUGAUUCACUAAACAUGGUGAAGUGCAUGCCAGUUUGGGAGAACCAGUAUUGGCAGUCGUGGAAUGAGACUUUGAAGCAGUAG